AUGGAGGCGAAGUUCGGCAGUGAAGUGGCCUCGGUCGUGGAGGUCUCUCUCCGGGCCGUCGUGUCCGUGUUCCGGAGUCUGUGGCAGAAAGAGGCGCCAGACCCAGACCCGGACCUGGAGGAGGAGAAGUUCGGGGAGGUUCGGCAGAUAGAGAAGAGUCUGGUGGUUCAGAUCCACAGAGUGUUCACGGAGGUGUCCUCGGAACUGCUGGAGGAGAAUGAGGUUCUGCGGGCCAAAGUGGACCAGCUGGAGGACCUGCUGCAGAGGAAAGCCGGGCAGCUGGAGCGGGACCUGCAGGUCCGGGUGGGUCAGCUGGGGAAGGAGAUGGAGCAGCUGGAGCAGGAGCUGAAGAGCAUCAGUGAGGGGAGCAGCAAGACCCACGGAGGAGGUCCGGAACACGAACAGCUGCAGGACGGCUCAGUGACGAGUGAGAGACGGUCCAGUCAGCCUCAUAACAGAACCAGAACCAAGACUACUACUAUUAUUAUAAUUAUUAUUAUCAUUAUAAUCGUUAUUAUUAUUAUUAUCAUUAUCAUCAUCAUUAUUAUCAUUAUUAUUAUUAUCAAAAAUAAAUGUAAUAUUAUUAUUUAUUUAUUAUUAUUAUACUUCUUAUUAUUAUCAGUUGUAAUUGUAGUGGUGGAGUAAGUAUAUGUAUUAUUUUUGACAGUAUAAGUAUAAUUUUUAUAUUUAAGAUUAUUAUUAUUAUUAUAAGUAUUUUAAGUAUUAUUAGUAUUAUUAUAUUCAAUAUUAUUAGUUUUUUAUUAUAACAUUUAAUAUUAGUAGUAUAAUGUUUUAUUUAAUAUUAUAAAAUAUAUAAUAUUAUCAGUAUUGUUAUAAUUAUAUUCAGUUAUUUAAGUUUAAUUUUUAUAUUUAAUAUUAUAUGAUUAUAUUUAAUACAUCAGUAUUAUUAGUAUUAUAUUUUACAUUUAGUAUUAUAUUAUGUUUAUUAUUUAAUAUAAUUUAAAUAAUAUUUAAUAUAAUAUAAUUAGUAUAAUUUUUAUAUUUAAUAUUAUAUAAUUAUAUAUUAAAUAUUAUCAUUAUUAUAUUCAAUAAUAGUAUGACUUUUAUAUUUAAUAUUUCUAGUAUUAUUGUUUUAUUAUUAUAUCUAAGUAUUUAUAUUAUGUCUAUUAUUAUUAUAUAUAUAUAGUAUUAUUAGUAUAACUUCAAUAUUUAAUAUUAUUAUUAGUAUUAUUAUAGGUAGUAGUAGUAGUAUUAUUUUUUAUAAUAUCAAUUGUGUUAUUAUUUCUAUUAUUAUAUCUAAUAUUAUUAGUAUUUAUAAUAAUAAUAGUUUGACAUGAUGUCUGUAUUAGUCUCAAAAAUAUUAUGUUUUUUAUUAUAUAUAUAAAAUUGCAUAAUUUUAAUAUUUAAUAUAAUUAUUAGUUUUAUUAUUAUUUGUAGUAGUAGUAUUAUAUUUAAUAUUAGUAUUAUUAUUACAUGUAAUAUAAUUAGUGUUAUUAUUACUAUUAUAUUUAAUAUUAUUAGUAUAAUUUUUAUAUUUAAUAUUAUAAUUAGUAGUUGUAGUAUUUCUAAUAUUAGUAUUAUUAUUAUAUAUAAUAUCAUUAGUGUUAGUAUUACCAUUAUUAUAUUUAAUAUUAUGAGUAUUUAUAAUAAUAAUAGUUUGACAUGACGUCUGUAUUUGUCUCAAAAAUAGGUCCACCUGGAGUGUCCGUCUGCACCAGUCCUGUUGACCCCCAGGUUUCCUCGGACCCGCCUCUGUCUGCUGAUGAAAACGAUGACCCUGUUUCUGACCCUAAUCCUGCUGGGAAGGUCGGCUCGGUCCCCGCGGUGCUGGUAGUGGGUCACAGCCAGGCCAACAGUCAGCCGCCGUCCUCUUCCACGUCCGUCCCUGAGAGGACAGGAACGAUGCAGCUCUCCCUCAAACCCGCCCCUUCGCCGGACUCCACCCCUCAAGACGUCCCCAGUCCAGAAUCCAGCAGUGGUGUCGACACAGCACAGGAGAAGGUCAGAGAACUUUACUGUGUCUGUUAAAUCUUAAAUUCAAAACUUCAGAAGGAUUUAAUCUCAAUAUCUAAUGAUUCAGAAACUUCUCAGCAGCAAGUCCAGAAUUUAUUACAUUUAGGAAAAAAACAAUCAAAACUUCAAAACCGUCACCUUUAUGAGCAGAGCGCAAAGGAUGAUGGUCUCUGUAGUUCCCCUUUCCUCCACUCUGCCGCUCCACUUUCAUACGGUCACAGGAGGUUGAGGAAACGUCACGUCUCUAUAAAUCUAAGUUUAGAUGUUAAAGGUUAUGUUCAGUCCGAGUGUCAGACUUAGCAGCAUCCCAGUAAAACAGAUGAGUUACAGUUACAGUUACUCACUGUCUGGGUUCAGUAGUGAGGUGUUUUUGACGCGUUUCUAGUACAAUCCAAUGUCCAAUCCAAGGUUGUUGUUGAGUUAUAAUUUUGCAAUUUAUAGAUUAAAUGAAAAACAAACAAACAAAGACAGAUGCGUCCAACUUACGACGAUGGUCUUCGUGAUGAGGGUGAGAGUGGGUGUCGGAGAUAAGCGGUAAAAACCGUGAGCUCUCCCCGUUCCCCAGAUCACUGCUUCACCUGUGUCUCUUUGGUAGAAUUUACCUGCUCAUCCACCUGAAGUGUCCUUUGUGGUGAUUGUACGAAUAACAAAACCCAAAAAAAUAAUAUAGAUAAAAUGGCUCAUUCACUAAUGAUCCCAUGUCAGAUUUUCUUAUACUAAGUUGAGCUGAAUUUAUGUGACUGACAGAAUUUAAAGGAAUGGACUUUCUGUUGCUUCACAGAAAUCUGUGGAGGAGGUUCCUUUGGGGAGAUCCAGGAGAACCAGGAGACCAACUUCUAAAAUUCUGGAAGGUAUGAUGAUCAUAUCUCUCACAGUUGUUUUUUGGAUUACGGCCACACUGAAAUGAGAGAAUAUUACUGAAGUACCAAUUCUCAAACUGUUCUAAACUCAGUGUUUGUUUCUUCCUCACGUUUCCAGCUUCCAUGGGGAACAUCUUUGAGGAGAACAAAUCCAGACCCGGUGACGUGCAGGAAAGACGGCUGACAAAGAGCGAGACCCAGACGGUGAAGCGGUUCCCCUGUGAUCUUUGUAACGCCAGUUUCCAUUGGAAAGGUGAACUGAAGAAACACGUGAAGGUCCAUAAGCAGCCGUUUCCCUGUGAGCAGUGCGGGAAAAGUUUCCUGGAAAGGAAGUCUCUGGAAAAUCACCUUCUGCGUCAUGAAACGGUCAAAGCUCCUCUGCCUUUCCCCUGUCCCCAAUGUAAGAGGUCGUACCGUAAAGAACAGUCGCUGCUGAACCACCUGCAGCGUCACCAGAGGCUGAACCCUCCAAAACCAUUCGCCUGCGAUCAGUGUGGGAAAACAUUCAGGCUGCAGCAGUCUCUGGAAAACCACCUCCAGCGCCACGAGAAGUGGAAGCAGAUGUUGAAGUGCCAGCUUUGUGAUAAAACCUUCAAGACGCCGGUGCAUCUGAGAUGUCACAAGGCCGUGCACUCCGAAGAGAGACCGUUCAGCUGUGCCACAUGUGGGAAGGAGUUCAAGAGCAAAGACACCCUUCGUUUCCAUCAGAUGGUCCACACAAACUCCAAGAAGUACAAAUGUUCAAUGUGUGAGGAGACUUUCAAAUACGCCCACUCUCUGACUGUGCACAAGAGGAAACACACCGGCGUCUCCCCGUUCACCUGCACCAUCUGCAACAAGUCCUACAGAACCGGCACCGCUCUGAAGAGACACAGCCUGGUCCACACUGGAGAGAAACCCUUCACCUGUCACAUCUGCGGCGCCAGAUUCAGCCUGAAUAACAACCUGAAGAGGCACCUUCGUCUGCACACGGGAGAGAAACCCUUCACCUGUCAGGAGUGUGGGAAGAGCUUCUCAGACAACACGAAGCUGAAGUCUCACAUGCUCAUCCACGGCGCCAGGAAACCUUUCAUGUGUGACCUGUGCGGGAAGACCUUCCUCUUCAACUGCAGGCUGCUCAUACAUCAGAAGUACGUGCAUGCCGACAUGAACGAGGAGGCUGACGGCACAGAAAGUGUCUCACAGAACAGAAAACGAAACAAGUCGCUGGUCAAACCGUUCAGCUGUAAGAUCUGUCUGAAAGGUUUCAGCGCCGCGUGCUCGCUCAAACUUCACGAAAGAGGUCACAGUGAGCACAAGGAGUUCAACUGCGGCAUCUGUGGAAAGUCUUUCCACAACAAAUACUCCUUCGGCUAUCAUCAGAGGAGCCACUCGGGGGAGAAGCCGUUUGUCUGCGACGUGUGCGGGAAGAGGUUCUUCCACGCCGGGAGUCUGAAGCAGCAUGAGCGGAUCCACACCGGGGAAAAACCGUACAAAUGUGACCAGUGCGGCAAAGCCUUCAGAACAGACGGAAACUUCUACAGACACCUGAGGAUCCACACAGGAGAGAAGCCCUUUGAGUGUCUGUACUGUCACAGGAAGUUCCACCAGUCGAACCAGCUCAAGUCUCACCUGCAGGUCCACACCGGCCAGAAGCUCUACUCCUGUCAGCAGUGUGGCCGCGGCUACUCCGACUCCAGGCAGCUCAAGAAGCACAGCUGUGACGGCUCGUAG